GUGUGUGAGAGGGGGGUAGACACAGAUCGCUGUUUAUCGCAAAACUGUUUAACUGACUUAUCUGCGGACUUCAUCCAGGUCGGAUAAAUGGCACUAGACCUAAAAGUCCCACCAGAUUUCCCGAUCGGAAUUCAUAAAUCCGUGACAGAUUUGAUUGAAUGAUUGUGUGAGGUGUUUUUUUUAUAGGAUUGUGAAUUGCCUUAAAAGAGACCGCCGACGAUGGACAGUGAAGUGACUUCUAUAGAAAUGAAACCCGCAAACCAAGGAGUGACAAACUUAGGAUACAGAUCUACAGAGAAUGGAUUAUCAGACCACCCCGAUUCCGUACAACAUAAUAGCAUCAAAUUUGAAAUAGAAGAAAAUUCGGACGAUGAAGUUUACACCGGAUGUGCUCGAGUCGCAAAUAAAAUCCAAACCGGAGUCGUGGGUACUCUCAGCAAACAUGGAUCAAAAAUCAAACUGUUAUUCAAACUUGUGCUUUUACUUCUGUAUUUCGCAUAUUUUGGCUAUGCUAUGUACUACAGGUUUGGGGAUGAGGGUUCCAUCCGUCUAUUAGUGUGUACCAUUUUGGGAGUUUUAAUUCUAUUGCUUUACACCUUCAACCGAUUGUCUGGCUUCAAAUUUAAAUUUAGCUCGGAACAAAGGUCGUUGUCCAAAGAAAAGAAAAUAAAAAAGAUAAAGCGACACACGGGAAGGUUCCUUAUGCUGGCAGUGUUUAUUGCCCUCGCUGCAUACAUCAUCUAUGACGUUCUCUUGGACUACCCACAAAAUGCCAUCUCUGUUGCCGGUCUGGCACUGUAUAUUAUCAUCUUUUACGUAUUCUCAAAGAACCCUGCAAAGGUGAAGUGGCGGCCAGUGUUCUGGGGUUUUGCAUUGCAGUACAUCUUUGCUUUGGUUAUCCUGAGGACGUCGUGGGGUUACCAGGCAUUUCAAUGGUUAGGGGAUCGAGUGACAGAGUUUCUCAACUACUCAAAUGCCGGUGCUACGUUCCUCUUUGGUGAUAUUCUGGUCACCACGUACUCACUCUUUGCUUUCAGAGUGCUUCCAGUGGUGGUAUAUUUUUACACAGUGACGUCAGUCUUAUACUACCUCGGGGUGAUGCAAGUGAUCGUCAAGAAAAUGGGCAUGUUCCUUUCCUUCUGUUUAGGAACUUCUCCCGCCGAAUCACUGAACGCAGCAGGAAACAUAUUUGUAGGCAUGACCGAGGCUCCAUUGAUGAUUCAACCAUUCCUGAAGGACAUGACAAAGUCAGAACUUCAUGCCGUUAUGACAGGGGGGUUUGCUACAAUAGCCGGGUCCGUGCUUGGAGCCUAUAUCAACUUCGGGGUGCCCGCUAACCACCUCAUCACCGCCUCCGUUAUGUCUGCCCCUGCGGCUCUCGCCAUCUCCAAACUCGCCUACCCAGAGACCGAACGGACCAGAAAACAGGAUUUUGAUAAAAUGGGCAAAUCGAAAGACAGAAAUGUCAUUGAAGCCAUUUCGUCAGGAGCAAGUAACUCUGUCAAAGUCGUGGCCGCCAUUGCGGUGAAUGUCAUGGCCUUCCUCUGUGUCCUUGAAUUCGUCAACAUGACCUUGGACUGGUUCGGUGACCGUGUCGGAGUGGAUGGACUCUCGUUCCAGCUUAUUUGUUCUUAUGUGUUUUACCCGAUCGCAUACUUCAUGGGGACGGAUGUUUCUGACUGUCGUAAAGUGGCUGAGCUAGUUGGCAUCAAGACAUUUACCAACGAGUUUCUUGCCUACAAGGAACUUUCCGUUCUCAUCGCCAAUAAAAAGAAUUUCACGGACUAUACCGCUCAGUGGAACUCGUCGGCGGACUGGUACUAUCAGGGAGAUGAUAUAGUGCUGCCAUAUGUCAAUCAAACGCUGAAGAAAGGAAUCAUGUCGGGCAAAUCUGAGGUGAUAGCCACCUAUGCAUUAUGCGGUUUCUCCAACAUUGGAUCCAUGGGGAUAUUUCUGGGUGGGAUGUCGGCACUGGUCCCCUCACGGCGGGGGGAUUUGGCGCAGAUUGUCGUGAGAGCCAUGGUGGCUGGAAACGUUGCGUGUUUCCUGACAGGGUGUAUAGCAGGUCUACUUUAUAAAGACUACAAUACAUAGAAAAUGUGGAAGAAAAAGAAUAAAGAUAACAUAAUGCAGCGAGGGGAUUAUUCUGUAGUAAAAGCUCGAAAAUAUAAAACCAUUUUUCACGUAACACUGAAGCAAAAAGAACGAAAUAUUUAUCAUUCAACGGUAGAUCUACAUGAAUGUACAUGAAGUUGCAUUCAAUUUGUGUGUGUUCGAGAAAGUGCUAGCUACAGGUAUAUCUAAUAGAAUUAUUUGACAAUGUGUCUGUUUGUCUUUUUUGACAUUUUCUUUCUUUUUUUCUUUUUAUUUUUCCUUUGGAUUUUUUUUUGAGGGGGGGGGGUGUGUAUUUUUGCACUAGAAAGCACAUGGUUAACAUGUAUGUUCGACUGAGCGAAGCCAAUAAAAGUAAUCGUUAUAAUAUUAUUUUGAAUUUGUGUGCAUCUUUGAUAAAUGUAUGAUUGUGUAUUUAAACGUGCAUUAUCGCAUUUAUGAAUUAUAUGCUCAAUAUACUUGUUAUGUUAGUAUAGUACCUGUGUUAAAAAAUUGUGAUACGCACCAGAUCAAAUACAUAUAGUACGUAAUUAUGAUAAAAAGGUGCCACACAUUUUUUUCUUUUUCUUGUUUAUAAGAUUCAUAAAUUGUAAAUUACAUUUUAAUGGUUCUUUAUAAUUUUUUUUGCCAUAAAAUUCAGAAUUGACAACGAAAUGCACGUUGCUAUGUCUUUGCGCUUUUUGACUCCUUAAACGCAUUUUAUAGUAAAAUGUAUGCUAUAAAAGUACAAUGUUGCAGCUUUGAUUAAUUAUUUAUUUAAAGCAAGGCUUCUGCACCACAUUAAAGAACUGCAUUGUGGAGUGGGGUCUUCUUAAUGAAAUUCAUCAAUUAAGUUGUGAAAAAACCCAUAAGAUUAUUAACAGGACAUUUAAUUUAGUAUCAAGAAGACAACAGGAUCUUAUUUUGAAUUAGAUGCGAAAAAAUUCUCAGCCAAGUUAAAGUUUAUCACAUUUCUUUUACAAUAUAUCUAAGAUAUCAAAUAUUUGAGCUGUAAAAAAUAUAUUUCAUCCGGAUGAUCUGGGUUAUCCAGGGGUGUCAAAAAUUAGAUACAACUAAAUAACAAAGCAAAUACACCCUGCUGAUAAGACAAUCUCCACUAAUCUGGCCAGACCUGUAUAUAUAUCUAGGUUUCAUAAAACAUAUUUUUAUAGGAUUUUAAUAUAAAAAGAAUUCCAAAACAUGUGUUUGACACUCUCCAACAAAAUAAUUCGCAUUGACCACAUUCGAUAAUUAUCGGGACGGUGACCGAGGUCGAAUAUGAAAACAUAUUUGCGUAUAUUUGCGUCGCAAAGGAAGGAUACAAAUCUUUUUAAUAUCUAAUGGUAUUAGAUAGACAGCUUAUAUUUUUCGAUGUGUAAAAUUGGUAUGUUACAUUUAUUUAAUUGCCACGCCCAUCAAAGAUAGAUUGACCUAUUUCUUGAUGAUUUUAUUAACGUUGUCACCGGUUUUGGUCAUUCUUUACAUUUUAUAGCUUUAUUGGUUUAAGGUAUAUGUGAUUUAAGGAGGCCUAUUUGGGCGGGGGGGGGGGGUCGGA